UUUUGCAUUUUGACAGGGCAAUUUUCAUGGGAAGGUGAAAACUGUUGAAUUUUUGCCAUUAAUUCCCUUAUAAUUUCGUUAAGUUUCGGUUAGAUUGCAUUUUAAUUUAAUAUUAAUUGCAUUAACUUUAUUUGGCGUAAAUCGUAUACGAGGGGAAAAAACGAAAAUGAAGAUUGCCUUACUAACGUUGUUCAUAAUUGGAGUUGCAUCCGCAUCGGACUCCAUUGUUUUAGUUUUGGCACCAGUUGAACCAAUUCCUGCACUAACUAGAGUAGAUAAUGAAAGUUUCACUCGCAUUGCAAAACCACUUGUUAAAGACCACAUGAUUGCUGUUUUCCAGGAAGAUGAUUUAUCAUUCAACGAUUUUCUGUGUAAGAGUAACCGAUCUGAACAACAGUCAUGUUAUUCUCACCUUCAAAACAUCACGCCCAGCACUUUUUACAUGAGAGUCGAUAGCCCUGUAAAAGUAUUGGAAAAGUUAGAUCCUAAUUACGAGGUAAUUACUAUCUCUAGAAGCGGAAAGCUUGAAAUACCACUAAAGUGCAAAGCGGGAAAAGUAGUAUUUUUGCGAUUCAGUGACGAAACUGGUUUAAAUCGCGAGGAAACUUUGGAGACACAUGACAUUGCCAUUUCGAAUGUAAUGAAACAAGUAUCUUGUCCAACUGUAUUUAUGUAUACAUCAUCUCCUGCAAAAGAUGUGACAGUUAAACGCUCUCGGCGUGCACUGUCCGUGGGGGAGACUGCAGCACCAAAAGGUGGUAUUAUAUUCACUGAUACCAAAUUCCAAAUUUUCUAUACAACGUUGGCAGUAAAAAUUGGUAGUAACCCAACAAAAUCAAUUACUGUAAGCAGUAUGACAAUCGAUGAUCACAAUACCACCGACUUUACUGUCACACUCAGUAGCAGUGAUGCAGCUGACGUGAUCACAUUUGACAUUGAGUUACAGAAGGGUUACUACUACAUGAAAGAGUUGACAUACAAUAAGGAUACAGUGUUCCGCACAAAUGAUAUAAAUGCACCUCCAGCCUUCUCUUACUUUUGCGGUAAUUUAACUGUUUAUUCAGCAGCCGGUGAUCAACUCCUUUGGAACUCUGUCCAGUUCCAAGCACCUUUCGGUAGUGCCGUUACGACUGUAAAUACAAACUAUUUUGAAUUUGGUGAAUCGUGGAAUUGUGUAGGUUUCGUUACACAUGCCAUUCUUGCUGGUCUAUUCGUGUCCGCAAUUUUGCUUGCAAUACUUUUCGUUGGUAUUUGCUGGAUGAUGGAUAUCAAUACCAUGGAUCGAUUUGAUGAUCCUAAAGGCAAAACGAUCACAAUAAAUACAAACGAGUAGUUAAACUGCUGAUCAACUGUCAACAAUUUUUUUUUGCACUGUCAGUUGCGCACAUUUCAUUCCCCUUUAUUCUAUUUUAACAUGUUAUAGCAACCUAUUAGUCACAGUCUUUGCUUGUAAUGUAUUUUUGAUUACUGUAUUACUUGAAUCAAAUUAAAAAAAUCUUCCAUUAUCAUACUAAUAACAAUAUAAA